ACCUGGUUUGGUUGUUGCGACGUGGAAAAGGAAGUAGACGCUGAAAUAUGAAAACAAGCUUUGGAUAAGCGCACCGUGAAAGCGAAGUCAUUAAUAGCAGCAAUGCCAUGAAUCUCCUGUUUAGUUAUGCUGUAUAAUCAGAUUUGAUUCAUUUAUAGAUCAGAACAGAAAAUGUUUUUCUGACUAGUAUCGACAGCUUGCUACAGUAGCUCGGUGUUUGGGCCUGUUUGUCCAGCUAGCUUGUCAACUGUAGCCUGACUGCUUACUAGCUACGUUAGAUGCUAAAGCUAAUGUCAGUAAGCUAGCUAGAUCCUCGGCAGCAACUGUCGCUGACUUUCUAUAGUUCAGAGGUCGAGGGAGAGCUCAUCGGUUUUUAAAUGUAUAGCAAUAUGAGUUGGUUUAACACUGCGCACCUGUCUAGCUUUGCCAAGCAAGCUUUGACAACAGCUCAGAAAUCCAUCGAUAGAGUCUUGGACAUCAAAGAAGAGGAUCAGUGGGGAGAUGCCCUGGUACCGUCGUAUGACUUACCGAGGAAGACGUCCUUGAGUGAUGGCUGGGGGAACACUCCGUGGGAUUCUCCCCCUCAAGAGAGUGCGCCGACGGCUCCAUUGUCAACUGAGGCCAUCACGACACCUGUCACAAGGACCGUCAUAGAUGAGUCGGAGAAUUUCUUCAGUGCCUUUCUGCCCCCGGGAGAGCCGCAGAGUGUGACGCACACUCCGGUGGUGUCAGUGCCCCCCGCCAAAUCCCACCGGCUGCAGACGGAUGAACAGGAUGGGGCGGUGGUGGUCCAGGAGAGUUCCGUGCCAAAAAAGUCCGCCUCUGUUGAGCCAGGAAAGGCUGAGGGGAGCGACCCUGUCUCGGUUGAGCCUGCGAAGCCGGCGGCCAUUGUCGACACCGCGCCCCUCAUAACAGAGCCUGAAAGUGUUGUGCUGGUGAGCGUUCCGGAAGAUGCCGAGCACCGAGUGGCCGACGAGAGCCAGGCGAAUUUAGACGGCGUGACCGCCUUUCCUCAGCCAACUGAGGCUGACCAGUCGCUUCCUCCCCCAAGCCAGGCAGAGUUUGCGGCCAGAACUGAGGGGGCGGGGCCUGUCGCGACUUUAGCUCCGGACAGCCCCUCGAAGCCCCAGCCCGCGCCCCCCAAGGACAUCCUGCUGGAGUCGAAAGACCCAAAGUCCGAGGACAGGCAGAGCAACACUCCCUCGCCUCCGGCCAGCACGUUCUCGUCCGGCACCUCCACUACCAGCGACAUCGAGGUGCUGGACCACGAGAGCGUGCUGAGCGAGAGCUCGGCCAGCUCCCGGCAGGAGACGGCCGAGUCCAAGGCCAGCCUGCACCUGAUGCAGAGCUCCUUCCAGCUGCUGUCCUCCUCGGCCUGCGCCGACUUCCAGCGCCUGGACGACUACCAGAAGCUGACGGAGAGCUGCGGCUCCUCGGACGCCUUCGAGCGCAUCGACUCCUUCAGCAUGCAGUCGCUGGACAGCCGCAGCGUCAGCGAGAUCAACUCGGACGACGAGCUCCCCGGCCGGGCGUGCACGCUGGCCUCUGUCACCGCCGGGCCCACCACGCCCACCCCGCCCACGCUGGGCCAGGAGGAGGAAGAGGAGGCUGAGGAGGAAGAUGACAGGCUCACGGACACGGUCAAGGACCACUCGCUGGACGAUAACGAGAUGGAGGAGAGCGGGCGCAGUGCCACGCCAGUCAACUGUGAGCAGCCAGAGGAGCUGCUGGACACAGAAAGCCACCUCACGGAGCCCAGCCCAAUGAAUGAUGCCAGCAUGCACUUGACUCCUCCAAUCACAGAGGACACCAGCGGAGUCUCCACCCCUAAGACACUAGAGCUUCAGAAGGUUAUCAGUGAACUGACUGAUCGGCUUGAAAAGAGAGAAUCGCAGCUGUUAGCUGCCAGCAAGGAAAAGGCCAGGCUGGAAGAACAGUGUGACAAUCUUAACGACGAGAUCAUAAGCUUGAAGGAAGAGAGCUCCACUGUGCAGUCGCUGAAAGAAGAGUUCACGCAACGGAUCGCGGAGGCCGAGCGUAAAGCACAGCUGGCCUGCAAGGAGAGAGACAUUACCAAAAAGGAAAUAAAGGGGUUGAGAGAGGAUCUUUCUACAAGACUCAACUCUAAUGAGACCUUAGAGAUCAUCAGAGAGAAAGAAGAGCAGAUUAAAGGCCUGCUGGAAGAAGGGGAAAAGCUGUCCAAGCAACAGCUCCAGCACUCAAACAUCAUAAAGAAGCUGAGGGUGAAGGAGAAGGAGAAUGAGACCCUACUCACGAAGCAGAGCAAGAAGCUGAAGGAGCAGGAAGAGGAGCUGAAGCACUUACAGCAGGUUCUGGAUGGAAAGGAGGAGGUGGAGAGGCAGCACCGCGAAAACAUCAAGAAGCUGAACGGGGUGGUGGAGCGGCAGGAGAAGGAGGUGGGGAAACUCCAGAGCGACAUGGAGGAGCUCCAGGAGAAGAACCGCAGUCUGCAGUCUGCCCUGGACAACUCCUAUCGGGAGCUGGCGGAGCUGCACAAGGCCAACGCCACCAAGGUGAGCGAGGCCCAGGAGCUCGCGCUCAGCCGGGAGAUUCAGGCCAAGGAGCAGGUCACCAUGGCCCUGGAGAAGGCUCAGGAGGAGGCCCGCCUCCAGCAGGAGGCGCUGGCCAAUCAGGUGGCAGACCUGAGGCUGGCCCUGCAGAGGGCUGAGCAGCAGCAGGCCCGUAAGGAGGACUACCUGCGCGAGGAGAUCGGCGAGCUGCAGCAGAGACUGCAGGGGGCGGAGACGCGUAAUCAGGAGCUGAGUCAGAGCGUUACCUCGGCAACGCGGCCCUUGCUCAGACAGAUCGAGAACCUGCAGGCCACCCUGGCGGGCCAGACGGCAUCCUGGGAGAAACUGGAGAAAAGCAUCUCGGACAGGCUCGUGGAUGCCCAGGCUCAGCUCGCGGUUGCCGUGGAGAAGGAGCGCUCAGCGGCUGAGGAACUCCUAGCCAUCAAGGCCCAGCUGGCGUCCUUGGAGUCCCAGAAUUCCCUCCUGCGGCAGGAGAAGGGCCGUCUCCAGGGGCAGCUAGACGCUGAAAAGACAAGGCGGGAAAAGCUGGAAGAUGAUGGCAGCAGGGAACAUGUCGAGCUGGAGAACUUGCGUGGAGAGCACAGUCGAGCUCUGGAGGAGGCUCGAAAGGAGAAGCUGCUUUUGACCAAUCAGCUGGAGAUGGAGAGAAUGAAGGUAGAACAAGAAAAGAAGAAAUACUAUCUGGCACAGGAGGCCCUGAAAGAAAAGGAGAGGAAAGCCUUAGCACACUCUGUGUCAGAGCCCCCUGCUUCCUCCACCCCCUCUCUGUCUCGGUCCAGCUCUGUCAGCGGGGACAUGGCUGGACUGCAGUCCUCUCUGCUGUCACAGCAGGAGGACUGUCUGGACCACUCGUUUGGCAUGACCAUGUCCGUGAGCGGGAGCAAUCUGUACGAGAUGGCUCGCCUGUCGGGCGGCUCCACCGUCAUCGAGAACCUCCAGUCCCAGCUGAAACUCCGAGAGGGGGAGAUCGCCCAUCUACAGAUUGAGAUCUCCAGUCUGGAAAAGACGCGCUCUAUCAUGGAGGAGGAGCUGGUGAAGCUGACCAGUCAGAAUGAUGAGAUGGAAGAGAAAGUGGCGGAGAUCCCCAAACUACGAGUGCAGCUCAAGGAGCUGGAGCAGAGACACAACACCAUCCUGCAAAUGUACGGAGAGAAGGCGGAGGAGGCGGAGGAGCUGAGACUGGACCUGGAGGAUGUGAAGAACAUGUACAAAACCCAAAUCGAUGAACUUCUGAAAAACCAGAAGUGAAUUCAAGCAGUUCUGAGCUUGCUUUCCAGCUUUCCAAAAGAGCAAUCGUAAUAAAGAGCUCCCUGUUGCACAUGC